AUGGGUCUUUUUCACACUAGCCCCCAUUGCUAUCGAUGCUGGAGAGACCAGAACAGUCUGGCGAAGGCUCUGUAUGACAACAAGGCAGAGUGCUCGGACGAGCUGGCCUUCCGCAGGGGAGACAUCCUGACCGUUCUUGACCAAAACGUCAUCGGCAGUGAGGGCUGGUGGAAAUGUUCCCUCCACGGGAGACAGGGCCUGGCUCCCGCUAACCGCCUCCAGCUGCUGGGUGACUGUCAGGUGGACCUGCCAUCUCCUGCCACCCGGAGCGACAGCGCCGAGCUGCCAGCCGCACAGCAAAACAUUUACCAGGUCCCCUCUGUCCCCAAACCUGCCACGUCGUCGUCUGCCUAUGAAAAGAUGGACGGCUGGGUGAAAUCACCAGCUACGAUCUCCACUCUGCCUGCCCAAGGGCUGUACCAGGUACCAGCCUUGGCUGCACAGGUGCUCAGUGAAAGGAUCCAGAGCUCAAGAAAUCAGCACCUGCUGACGCUCCCGCGAGCCUGCCGGGCCUCUGCCCCCAACAUCAGACGAGAGGUUUACGACGUUCCAGCCGCGCAGCGCCGCGAGUCCCUGUUCACGCGGAGUGGUGCCACUCCACCCACAAGAAGGAAGGKCUCUGCGCUGUUCAGAUCCACUGAGGCUUUCCGGGAAGAGCCAAACCAGGUUUAUGACAUCCCGUCCAGCCCAGAAAAGGCAGGGGCCACUAUCCAGAAAGACUCCCCAGGGAGCAACUUAUAUGAUGUCCCUCCUAAAAGAGAAUCUGAUGUUUCAGAAAAUGGAUCUCAGAAAAAGUGCUGGGGCCAUUACAACACCUUGCCAAAUCCUCGGAAGUCAGAAUGGAUUUAUGAUAUUCCAGUAUCACCAGAAAAAAAAGGAUUAAAACCAAGCCCUCUUGGCCAUUCCUUGGAGAACGAGGUGCUGUAUGAUACACCACCAGCCAGGUACAGGGCUCUCAUGACAAAUAUUGAAGCCAAAGUUGCAACUCCACAGUUAUACGAURUUCCACCGCCCCAAAACAAAGCAGUGUUUCCAGAUGUCCCUCUUUAUGACGUUCCAUCUUCACGGGAGAUGCUCCUUUUGCGACCAAAUGCUAUCCAUGAUAUAUCCCCAAGUCUCUCGACUCCAAAGGCUGAGAAUCAGAUUUCUGAAGGGAACGUUUAUGAUAUUCCAAAAACUUUGCAGUGCAGGAAGGAGAUUGGAAAAAAUAACAAAAGUUCUGGAGAUGUUAAAUUGGAACAGGACAGAGCAUCUCUUUCCAGUGUGGAGAGCAGGACCAGCACUACCUCUACAUCCUCAAGCUCUUCUGCUGAGUCCCCUUCUGUGUCAUCAUCAGAAGAGCAUGGCAAAGAAAUGAAACUGGACCUUGAGAUGGCCAUAGAGACACUGACUAGAUUGCAGCACAGUGUAUCGAGCUCCAUUGCGAGUUUAAUGAUCUUUGUGAGCAGUAAAUGGAGAUUACAAGAACACCUAGAGAAAAACAUUGAAGAAAUCCAUAGAGCAGUUGAUCACAUAAAAGUCUCGAUGGGAGAAUUCUUGGCCUUUGCUCAAGUUAUAAAGGCAAAUGCUUCGUACGUCACUGAUAACAACCUUCAGACCAGAAUUAAAAAACAGCUAGAAAUUCUGGUGAACUCAUUCCAAAUCUUAAUAGAAACAAGACAGCAAUUAAACAAUUGCAACUGGAAGCUAGAGGUGUUGGUUAUGAAGAAACCUCAGAACAACCCAGACGAUCUCGAUCGCUUUGUUAUGGUAGCGCGCACAAUUCCUGAUGACAUCAAGAGAUUCGUAUCCAUCGUCAUUGCCAAUGGAAAGCUUCUCUUCCGCAAGAAUGAYAAGGAGCAAGAAAUGAAGCAAUCAAAAACAAGCACAGAAUAUAAAAUGGCCAAGCAAAUCACACGGCCCAGGAGAACAGAAGUGGAUUCACUUCAAAGAAAUGAUAAGCCAAACCACAGUCAAGUCUCUUCUGAUAAGCCAAAAGAAAAUGCCAUUGAGGACUGUGAUUACGUCCAGCUACAGGUCUUGCCAACUGCAAAAAGGAAUAUAAUUCAGAGCAAGCAGGACUCUGCAAAGAAAAUCACUCUUUCGGAACACUGUAGGCUGUGCUUUGGAGCACUUCACAAGGCAAUCAGUGUCUUCACAGAUAGUCUCAGCAGCAACCAGCCCCCUGAAAUCUUCAUAUCACACAGCAAACUGAUCAUUAUGGUGGGGCAGAAGUUAGUGGAUUCUCUCUGCCAGGAAACUCAAGAAAAAGAUGCUCGCAAUGACAUUCUCCAUAGCAGCAGCCAAUUUUGCAGCCUGCUCAAGAACCUGGCGCUUGCCACCAAAAAUGCCGCAAUCCAGUAUCCAAAUGCAGACGCAACGAGAGAACUGCAGAACCAAACUGAUGCGCUCUCUAAAUACACCCAGCAAUUCAGAGCAAAGAUGGAAUGACAGA